AUGCUACAGUUGAGUGCAAAAAGAAUGAAGAACAUACCUCUGGUCAACCUGAAUGAGCCUAUCAAAGAAUUGGUCAAAAAUACUGAGCGGUUAGGCUCAUUCAGGUUGACCAGAGAAGUGUUCGAGUUGGUGUUCUUUCACAAUGCAACUAUCAUCUCCUCCUUCUUCCAUUACCCCCAUUGUCUCACCUCACAUUUGGCUGGCAUUUGGUUACAUGUUUAUGUCCCUGUAAUUCCCUCCCAACCAGGAGCCCAAGCUUACAUCCCACAGGACAAAGUUCACCCCCCUCAGGUCUGCUCUGUAAGAGCUUGGACAGAUGAACACCAAACAACUGACAACUUCCUGAGGUGUGGAAACAAAGAUGAGUGGAGGCUGUGGAGAGAAAAUGGCAAACAUGUUGCUGUCAUUGACACCUGUGUCGUUGUCUUCUGCAGUGUGGCCUGGCUCCUCAUCCUCUCAGAGAAUGGCACCCACACAUACUACCGCCAAUGCUGGGGUCUCCCCUCACCAAACAAACUCGCAUUAGCUUCUGACAGAGCAUCACUGACGGCUGAGGAUGGGAGGACUUUUGCAAGCCGUAAAGCUAACAACUCAGUACUUAUCAGUCCCCCACAGAAUCCUGCAGGACUCACAGGAUUCCUGAGGAUUCCUGCAGGACUAGCAUUGCCGAAGUUCAGUCCAGAACUUCGGUUCGAACCUGAAUCCUCUGAACUGAACGCAAAGUUCGGUUCAAGUUCAGGUUCAGUAUUUACAUGUAAAGUAUCAAUCCUUCAUCUGGGUGAUGGUUGA